AUGAGCAACAACGCCACAUUUGCCCAAGUACGGCUUGUACUGGAGGUGAAAGGCCUCUGGGAUGCGGCCCAGGAACCAACGCCGAAUGCGGCGGAAGGCAAGGCUGAGAAGGACGUUGCAGCGGCGGCGACUGCGUCGGCAACGCCGGGAUCGUCAACUACAAUGGAUACAGUGCCUAUUCCGCUGCACGAUCGACUCAUGAAGCAGAAGAUGGCGAUGUCCAUAAUACUGGCUGCACUGAGUGAAAAACUGGCUUCGGCGUGCUACUUGUUGACCCACCCGAUGUCGAUCAUGCAUCACUUGCGUAUGACGUACAACGUCAAAUGCAGUGCGAGCAUUGGUGCGGCCAAGAGAGAGUACAUGGGGCUCGAUUUGAACGGGGAUGAGUCGAUACUGGAGCACAUUCAGACCACGCGUCGUGUCCUGGAGGAGCUUCAAUAG